AUGAUCUGCGCAGAGAGUAGUGAUGAAUGCCUCCGCUUCCACCUUCUCCCGCAGGCGGAUAUAUUCCACAUCAGUAGCCAUGAAGGUGGAAGCGCGUGUAAGUGGCUGUCUGCCCGCGUGCGCCAGACAGCCAGGCCUCCAAAUAAAGCGAGGAAUCAGACAGCGCCCCUAAGCAAACAUGCCUUCAGCCGCAGCGCCAGCAACAGCAAACAGCAACACAGCAACAUCAACAGGCUAUACAGUCCCUAUUCCGAGCGCCGCGUGCGUACGGCCGCUGAGUGGAGGCUUGUUCUCUAUAUCAUUGACAACCUUCAACAUCUUACACUCACAUCUACAUCCGUCAUCCUGUGUUAUUUAUACACCACAUUUUCCACCACAAAGUCCACCAACCACCAACCAACGCCACCACCUCUAGCACCACAUUUUCCACCACAAAAGUUGCCACCACCUCUAGCACCACUCCACCACAAAGGUCCACCAACCACCAACCAACGCCCACCACCUCUAGCACCACAUUUUCCACCACAAGUCCACCAACCACCAACCAACGCCACCACCUCUUUUCCACCACAAAGUCCACCAACCACCAAACCAACGCCACCACCUCUAGCACCACAUUUUCCACCACAAAGUCCACCAACCACCAACCCAAACGCCACCACCUCUAGCACCACAUUUUCCACCACAAAGUCCACCAACCACCAACCAACGCCACCACCUCUAGCACCACAUUUUCCACCACAAAGUCCACCAAACCACCAACCAACGCCACCACCUCUAGCACCACAUUUUCCACCACAAAGUCCACCAACACCACCAACGCCACCACUAGCACCACACCACAAGCCACCACCACCUCUAGCACCACAUUUAGUCCACCAACCACCAACCAACGCCACCACCUCUAGCACCACAUUUUUCCACCACAAACACCACAUUUUCCACCACAAAGUCCACCAACCACCAACCAACGCCACCACCUCUAGCACCACAUUCCAAGCCACAAAGUACGCCACCACCUCUAGCACCACAUUUUCCACCACAAAGUCCACCAACCCACCAACCAACGCCACCACCUCUAGCACCACAUUUUCCACCACAAAGUCCACCAACCACCAACCAACGCCACCACCUCUAGCACCACAUUUUCCACUACCACCACAAAGUCCACCAACCACCCAACCAACGCCACCACCUCUAGCACCACAUUUUCACACCACAAAGUUCCACCAACCACCAACCAACGCCAACCACCUCUUAGCACCUCACAUUUUCCACCACAAACACCACAUUUUCCCCUACCACCACAAAGUCCACCAACCACCAACCAACGCCACCACCUCUCCAGCACCACAUUUUCCGACCACAAAAGUCCACCAACCACCAACCAACGCCACCACCUCUAGCACCACAUUUUCCACUACCGCCACAAAGUCCACCAACCACCAACCCAAACCGCCACCACCUCUUAGCACCACAUUUUCCCCUACCGCCAGCAAAGUCCACCAACCACCACCAACGCCACCACCUCUACCACCACAUUUCCACCACAACAAAGUCCACCAACCACCCAACCACGCCACACCUCUAGCACCACAUUUUUCCACCACAAAGUCCACCAACCACCAACCCAACGCCACCACCUCUAGCACCACAUUUUCCACUACCACCACAAAGUCCACCCACCACCAACCAACGCCACCACCUCUAGCACCACAUUUUCACACCACCACAAAGUCCACCACCACCAAACGCCACCACCUCUAG